UCAAAAAUAUUGCAGUAGUAGAGUCAUAAUAAAGCCGCAACAGUUACAUGGUUUUUAUCAUCAAUUAAUCAUUUUAUCAAAUCAAAAUUCGUAUGCUGGUCAAGUCUCAAGUGGCCAGGUCCGUCUGGUACUUAUUUACCCCUUAAAAACACCCUCCACAAUCAUCCAUUGCCAUUUGAAGUACUUAGAAGUAAGAAGUAGACCUCUUUCUCCAGUAUUAAGAUCUGAUCAAAAAAAGAACGAUGGAAGAAUUUCCCAUUCUUAAAAUGCCAAAGGAUCGGGAGCUGGUGAAGUUACCCAAUACCCUCUACAACAUCUUGGACGAAUUUGUUGCCGAGUACCGAACUGAGCCGGAUUUUUUCGUACGAGUACCAGGCAGAGUAAAUCUCAUCGGAGAACACAUUGAUUACUGUGGUUAUGGAGUCUGUCCCAUGGCUAUUCAACAAAAUAUCUUUGCAGCUGUCAAAGUAACAGAGGAUAGUGACCUUCUGAAGCUUGCAAAUUUUGAAGGCAGCAAGUUCAAGAAAUUUCAGUGCAGUUUACUCAAUUUUGAAAUUUUAAGAGAUGAAAAAGUUGGCCCUAGCUGGGAAAAUUACUUUCUGUGUGGUGUGAAAGGAAUCCUGGAAUCGAUGGAAAAACCCUCAGGAAUGUGUGUGGUCGUUUUCGGUGACAUUCCCCCAGGGGCUGGUUUGUCCAGCUCAAGUGCUUUGGUUUGUGCUGCAGCUCUUGCAACUGCUUACGCCAACAAACUUAAAAUUUCAAAAUUGGAACUUGCUGCAUUAUGUGCAAGAGCUGAACAUCACAUCGGAACACAAGGAGGCGGCAUGGACCAAGCAAUUGCUUUUCUAGCCUCUGCAGGUAGUGCUAAAUUCAUUGAGUUUGAGCCCACUCUGAAAGUGCAGGACGUCCAGCUGCCUGCAAUGGCCAAUUUUGUGAUAAUUCAAAGCUUAGUGACUAAAAAUAAAGCAGCUUCUUCUGAUUUCAAUACCAGGGUUGUUGAGUGCAGACUAGCCGCUCAGGUUCUUGCAAAGCAGUCGGGGUUGGAAUGGAAAGGUAUCAAAAGGUUGGCUGCUGUCCAAGAUUUAUUAGGAAUUGAUUUGCCAAAUAUGAUCAAACUAGUCUCUGAAAACCUACACGAUUCACCAUAUCUGAAAUCAGAGGUGUGCAAACUGUUGGAAGUUGAUGAACAGGAAUUAAAUUCCGUUUCCUUGACUGAGAAUACACUUGGGGUACAGGAAUUCAAAUUGAAGCAAAGGGCUAUGCACGUCUUUAGUGAGGCGCUUCGAGUUAAGCAAUUCAUCAGUACAAACAAACUAGAGGAUGCUGGCAAACUGAUGAACGAAAGUCAUGAAAGUUUAAGGGACCUGUAUGAAUGCAGCCAUCCUCAGCUGGAUAAAUUAGUGGAUUUGUGUUGGAAGAGUGGUGCUCUGGGGGCUCGGCUAACUGGUGCCGGAUGGGGUGGCUGUGUAGUAGCUUUAGUCACAGUCGAUAAAGUUGUGGAGUUCAUAGAGAAAAUAAAGAAAACAUAUUUUCUCAACACGAUGAACUGCGAUGAGAAUCUGGACUCCCUCAUUUUCUCCUCUAAACCAACGCAUGGAGCUCGGAUACUCGUCCUGGUGUAAAGAGUUUGUGAGCUGCUAGUUUAAGUUUGCUUCAAGUCAAUUAUUAACUAAGAAUCAAUGUGCCUGUACAAACUACUAUCAUUGUGUAAGUCAUUUUUUUUAACUUUUUUUAAAAAUUUGCAUUCGGUCAUUAGAUUAUGCAUGUUUAAUUUACGUUAAAUGAUUUCUUGUUAAGAUUUUUAUUCAUACACUUGAUAGUGUCAAAAAGUAGGUUUUUACACUCUCUCUAGUUAUUUAGUUCUCAGCCAAGCAAGUACACUCUAAAAAUACCGUUUGGCUCUUUGCAUUUUGGAAGGAGCACCCAUUUGGCAGCGUAUUCACCCCGAAAUAAGGGAUGAGGAUUGAUUUGGGUAAGGUCUGAACCUCCCAAAAAUACAUGUCGCGAUUUUGAAGGAUUGUGCAGAAAAACUGGAGCAAAUAUUUAAAUUGUGGUAUGCAAAUUUAAAAUAAAGAGAAUUUAGAAUGAGAUGUAUGAAAGGAACUUGAUAAGGUUAAAAGGGAGGGGAUGUCAAUAAUGUGGAGGAUUUUGCGCUUGGUUUGGGGGAAGCAUCAUAGAGGAGCUUGCAAAAAACAAAUACUGGUAUGCAUAAACUGCAAGGCUAAGAAGGAAGAGCUGAUCAUUACAUUUUUGACAAGUGCCUGGUGUUUAUCAGAGGAAGGAUUGGAUGGUUGGAAGGAUAAAUUACUCAACAUGAAUUUAGGAAUGAUACAGGUAAACCUUAGAAGAAAGUAGGGAGUGCAGAAUGAGAUAAAGGAAAGGGCUGCAUGAAAAGGCAUCCAAUUGGCAAUGGCAGGAACCACAUGUCAAUGUUGAAACUGCAGAAAUAUGUAUCUUGGCUUGCGGCGUCACAGACUUCCUGUCAUACUUUAUUUCCUACAUGGAAAACCACUUAACAUCAUUUUUGGAAAAUUUCAAUGGUUUCUCCUCCCCAUGUGAAGAAGAUUCUUGAGGAAGAGAAA